CGCUCCUCAACGGUUAUGGCAGACACUGCGGUCCCUGCGCUCCGCUGACACACACACGGCUCUUCGGGGAAAUAUUUCAACGGCUGUUAGGAGCAAAUGGAGAAUAUGAGCUCCGGUCCAUCGGUGGUGGUGGUUAAAUCGGCGCUGAACUGAGUUUUUGGCCGUGUUUUAAGAGUAAACAGGCCGGUUAUUGACCACCGAUAGUAAACUGAACUUUUCCGAGCCCCAAAGUUGUCAGCCAGCGCAUCUUGCACGCAUGCGCAUCCUUCUAUCCAGCUCUAAAUAAGAGUUAAAACAGAAACGAGGUUGGGGAUAUCCGAGGAGUGGGAAUGACCGACACUCCACCCAGCGAUGGCCCCUCCCAGGGAGCUGAGUUUGAUAUGAUGGGCGCUCUGGACUGGAAGGACGGUAUUGCCACGCUGCCAGGCAGUGACAUCAGGUUCCGCAUGACAGAGUUUGGCACUCUUGAGAUUGUCACAGACCUAGAGGUCAAAGGACAGAAGGCAGAGCCUAAUCCCGAGACCUUGGACCCAGCACAAUCUCACACUCCUACCCCUCCACCAGAGGGCCAAUCACAGCCCGGCACAGCCACAGCUCCAGCCAAUCAGAGCCAGCCUGGAUCGUCUCAAGCUAAAGCACCUGGUCCAGUGCUUCUGUCUUUAGAGGAGGGCCCCAGUAUGGAGGGCCCCAGUGUGGAGGUCGGCCCCAGUGUUGAAGUUGGCUCCAGUGCAGACAUGGGCCCCAAUGGGGAUCUGUUAAGGUGCCGGGCAUGUGGUGGCCGCGUUCCCCGGGACGCCCUCAUUCAGGGCAAAUUCUGUAGCUCCAUUUGUGCCCAGCCCUCCAGCGGCAGAUCGUCUCCAGCAGAAGCAAGGGAGAGUCAAGCAGUUGAGGGUGAGAGGCUGGGUAAACGCGUGCGCAAAAAGAGGAAGAUCUAUAUGGAUUCUGGCGAUGAAGAGGAAGACAACCAAGAGGAACCGGAGGAAAAGGCCAAGACGACCAAAGGCAGGAGAGGUGCCAAAAUUGCCAAACUGGUGACUGUCCCAACCAAUAAGAAGCGAGCGUGGAGCUGGCCUGCUUACUUGGAGGAGGAGAGAGCCAUCGCUGCUCCUGUCAAGCUAUUCAAAGAGCACCAGUCGUUUCCUCAGAGCAGGAACAGUUUUAAGGUGGGAAUGAAGCUGGAGGGGCUGGACCCGUCUCACCCGUCUCUGUUCUGCGUACUCACCGUCGCAGAGAUCCAAGGCUACAGGGUAAGGCUCCACUUUGACGGUUACCCAGAAUGCUACGACUUCUGGGCCAACGCCGACUCGUGGGAUAUAAAACCAGCUGGCUGGUGCGAGAAGAACGGGCAUAAGUUAUUGUUGCCCAAAGGUUGUAAGGACGGAGAGUUUAAUUGGAGCAUGUAUGUGAAGAACUGCAGGGGUCAGCUCGCCCCAAAACACCUUUUCAAAAGCCUCAACACGUCUGUGACUCCGUCUGGAUUUAGAGCAGGGAUGAAGCUGGAGGCGGUCGACAGGAAGAACCCAUCGUUGAUCUGCGUAGCAACCAUUGCUGCUGUUGUUGACAACCGGCUGCUCAUUCAUUUUGACAACUGGGAUGACACAUAUGAUUACUGGUGUGAUGCUAGCAGUCCAUACAUCCAUCCUGUGGGAUACUGUGAAGAGGCUGAGCGGACUCUGACCACUCCAGCUGGUAAGACACAGACCAAGACACACGUGGAAUAUAAACAACCCAAGAGUUUCUCGUGGGAGAAAUACCUGGAAGAGACGGGCACACAGGCUGCUCCUGCUCGAGCCUUUAAACCGCGACCUCCGCAUGGCUUCCAAAUUGGGAUGAAAGUGGAAGCUGUGGAUAAGAGGAACCCCAUGCUCAUCCGCGUAGCAACUAUAGCGGACACUGAAGACCACCGAUUAAAGAUUCAUUUUGAUGGCUGGAGUUCAGAGUACGACUACUGGGUGGAGACGGACUGCCCUGAUCUGCACCCUGUAGGCUGGUGUCAGAAAACCGGACACCCACUGCAGUACCCGAACGGCUCUAGUGAUUUAGUAACUGCCCCAGGACAAGGAUGUCCUACCCCAGGAUGCAACGGCGUUGGCCACAUCAGAGGACCUCGCUAUGGGACCCACUACACUCAGGUGAGCUGUCCCUACUCGGAGAUGAAUCUAAACAAGGAGGGCUUGCUGCCAGACCGCCUCAGUGGAGAACGACCCCUCGCCCUCAGUGGACCGCAUCCUCGUGGCCGACGCCUGGACUCUAACACAAACACUACAACACAGACCUCCUCGACGUCAGAGCAGCUGGACGGAGCCGAAGACUCCCAGAGCAGGAAACCGAUGACAGUGGAAGCUGAGCGUUUAGGACGUAACAAUCAGCCAGAGCCAGUGGGUGGCGCCAGUGAGCAGAGCCACAAUGGAACGAGGCCUAAAAGGACUGCUCCAGUUCCCAAAUACCUGAAAAUGCACUAUGUUAAAGAGGAGAUUGGCGACAGUAAAGCCUCUCCAGA